AGAUCUGCAGUGUAUAUGGUUCUUCUGACCCUUCCUAUUGGUGAAGUAAAGAUUAGAUACUGACCCCGGGAUACUGACGUUUUGAAACAAUCAGAUUCUUACAGUAACAUCAAUUAAAAACUGCCCAGCUGUUUGAUCGUAACUUCCCAAGAUGAAAAUCCUUCAUAACUCUCCAGGAUGAGCCGUGAUGAUUUUAUUGCAGCUGAAGUGGAUUCAUUCCCCAAUGUUAUAGGGUUAACACCCAAGGAUCCUCUUAAUUUUUUUAUUGAAAUGUGGUAUCAAGUUUUCCUGUGGAGUCUGAUUUCAUCGAUACUUGUACAUGUUGUGGCCGCAGCAAUUGCAUUUUACAAACUACGCAAACAUAAAAUUGGACGUUUUAUUCCUAUUGGGAUUCUGAUUAUGGGAUUUCUCUCACCUUUGAUUGGAGGAACUAUUACAAGUGCCGCAGUGGCUGGUGUCUAUAGAGCCUCGGGAUUUACUAUGCUACCGUUUUAUGCACUUCUUUGGGGAGUUGGUCAGACCAUCAUUGUAAUGUUACUCUCAUUCACACGUAUUCUUGCUACUUUGUAAAACACUUAAAGGUAGUGAAUUACUCAAAGUAUAAGCUAAAGGAAUAAAACCCAGAAUUGUUAAGCAUACUGUAAACUCACAGUGUGAAUAAAGUGACUUUAUAGUGCAGUACA